GUUACUUUGACCUAGGCUUUUGGAGUUUGUCAGCAAAAGUUCCCCAGCUUGUACAUGGUGGUCAACUUGACUUCCUUGUCUUUGAUUACCUGUCUGAAAUCACCAUGUCCCUGCUGACAGCAGCCAAAGCCAAGAUGCCUAAUAUGGGAUAUGCUCCUGACUUUGUUCUUGCAGCCAUUUCUCCAUUCAUCAAGGACAUAAGUCAAAAAGGUAUUCGUGUGGUCAGCAACGCUGGCGGGACAAAUCCCCUUGCAUGUGCUGCCGCUAUACAGGAAGUGGUGCAAAAUGCUGGUCUCCGCCUAAAGGUUGCUGUGGUAACCGGGGAUGACUUAAUGCCACAGAAAGAUUCACUUAGUAUGCUGAGGUUGACUGAUUCAGAAGAGCAGAAACCUCUUCCUAAAACUGUACACAGUAUUAAUGCAUACCUGGGUGCUCUCCCUAUAAAGCGGUGCCUGGACCUCGGGGCUGACAUUGUAGUGACGGGACGCUGUGUUGACAGUGCAGUGGUGCUUGGUCCGUUGAUGCACUCAUUUGGCUGGGAGCAGGAAAACUAUGAUUUCAUGGCUGCUGGAAGUCUUGCAGGUCACCUGAUAGAAUGUGGUGCCCAGGUCACUGGUGGGAUCUUUACAGAUUGGCACAAAGUUCCUGACUGGGAUAACAUAGGGUUUCCAGUGGUUGAAUGCUCUGCUGAUGGGUCGUUUACACUGUCCAAACCUCCCAAAACUGGUGGACUUGUCUCAUUUGGUACAGUAGCAGAACAGUUGGUAUAUGAAAUUGGUGACCCGCAAUGUUACCUCCUGCCUGAUGUAUCAUGUGACUUCUCGGAGGUCACCAUCACUGAGAUACCAGGAGUAGUUGGAGGUGCUGUCAGAGUAGGUGGAGCAAAGGGAUCACCCCCAUCAGGUGACUACAAGGUGUGUGCCACAUAUAUGGAUGGCUUCAGGGCAACAGCAGUCUGUCCUGUGGGUGGCCCAAGAGCUGUGGAAAAGGCCAGAAGGACAGCAGAAGGCAUUAUCAAAAGGACAAGGCGUGUCUUCAAGCAGCUGGGACUAGAGGAUUACAGUGAUGUCAACAUCCAGGUUCUGGGUGCUGAGGACACAUAUGGACCACAUGCAGUGAACACUGAGGGUCUCCGGGAAGCUGUACUUUGGUUAGCUGUCCAUCACAAGCAGAAGAAAGCUCUGGAAUUUUUCUCUAGUGAAGUGGCUCCUGCAGGAACUGGCAUGGCUCCUGGACUCCAAGGCAUUGUUGGAGGUCGACCUAGAGUAUCACCAGUACUGAAGCCAUUUUUCUUCUUGCAUCCUAAAGAAGACGUAGAGGUGAGCAUCCAUCUCAAUGGACAGUUAGUGGAAACAUACAGGGAUGUUGAGUCCUCAUUGAGUGAAGGACAUGCCCCACCUCGCGUCCUGGAACAACCCAUUUACGUGCCCACAGAUCUUCCCACUGGUCCUCAUCACUACAGACUUGAGGACUUGGCUUACACACGCAGUGGAGACAAAGGAGACUCAGCAAAUAUUGGGAUCAUUGCAAGACAUCCAGUGUACUUCCCCUACCUGAAGAAGUUUAUGACUGCUGAAGUGGUAGAGAAAUACUUCCAGUACCUGGUUAAGAAGGAUGAGCGCAAGCUGCCCUCUGUGAUCCGGUACGAGUUGCCUGGUAUUUGUGGUUUGAACUUCGUGCUGCGCAACUCUCUUGGAGGGGGAGGUGUGGCCUCUCUAAGGAGUGAUCCUCAGGGAAAAGCCUAUGGACAGAUGUUACUAGACUACAGACUGACCGGCCUACCUGACCUUGCAUCACUUGUUCACUGAGGAAAGGGCAUGCUAUGAAGAAAUAUAAUAAGCAAUAAAUGUUUGCAAGCAAAAACAACUACCUUGUAUAAGUGAGUCAUGUAGGGUACAAGACCUUGUAGUUGGUAGUGUAAGAUAAACAUUAUCUUAAGCCAGCCUAUGUAUCUUAUUGUACAAUUAAAAUUGAUUUAAAUAGAUACUGACUUCACCAUCACUGGUAAUGAGUAUAUUACAAAAUUGCCUAAAUUUAAUACAUUAAUACACCAUUAAACCUUUUUUUUCCAUAUUUCCUUAUUUCAUAUUUAGAUUGAAUAACAAAGAUGUGAUAUUAACCAUUUUUGGUAAUUAUAAAAAAAUUAAUAUUCUUGUUCUGUCUACUAUGAGCAUUAAUACAUUUCUUGUACAAUCCCUGUUCUGGAGAGUAAGUACUUUAACAAGUGCCAUGCUUUUCUAAUAAAUGAUUCUCUUUGUUCUUGUGGUGGGUUAAA